AUGGCGAGCUCACUUUUCAACUCACUGAAACGAAAAGGUUCUCGAAAAUAUCGAAGAUCCAGGGAAGUAAAUGACGAUUCACUAACACGAGAACCAAGAAAAAUUUCCGCUGCUUCCACUUCUGCUGAUGCUAAGACAGCCAACAAAGCUCGAAAAGGAUAUAAAAGUAAAGAAAGCCAGGAAGAAGAUUCUCAACCACCUUCAAGAAAACAGUUAGCUAACGCCAUCGGUGGCGGCUCAGAUAUACGAUCUGUUCUAAGAAGACUCCUUUCCAAUAGACCACCGAUUGAGACAUUACGAGAGAAAGGAAUCUAUCAAGAUCUAACAUUUGGUGCUCCUUUAGAAGUAGUUUGCAAGAGAGAAUGCCAACUUGUUCCCAAAUUUGUGCAACAAUGUAUAAACCACAUUGAAAGUUGCGGUUUGGAAUGUCAAGGAGUUUAUCGAACUAGCGGAAAUAUGGCAUCUGUAAAUAAGCUCAAAUAUCAAGUUGAUCAUAAUGCUCAGGUGGACCCAGAUUUGUGGCAUGAUAUUACCGUAGUUACAUCGGCUUUAAAACUUUAUUUCAGAGAACUGCCAACGUCGCUCUUAACAGAUAGAUUCUAUAAGCAAGUUACUGCCUACAUAGGCUAG